AAUUAGCAUAACUGUUAACGCUGAAACGACGACGACGAGUAAAAGGCGACGCUAUAAAGUGUUUUCCCCUUUGGCCUUUUAACUCUCUACAACAUCAAAAUGCUGAAAGAUUUGGUAAGGAAGCGACUCAUUGCGGCCGCCGACGAAAUCUUCGGACUGUUUGAAAGAACGAUAGCGUCGUACGAGGAGCAACUUUGUCGCGCGAGGGAGGAGAGCGAGCGACACCGACGACAACUGGAAGCUCUUUACGACACUCACAUUGUGAUACGCGGCCAAGAUAUUGAGCAGCACGGGGGGAGCUCCAAUUUGGAGCAGGAGGAUCCACAGCCCGCUCACUUUGUGGAGGAAGAGGAGCGCCCACAGCCUUUGUACGUCAAAGAGGAAGAAGAGGAGGCUGACGUCAGCAAGUUUCCACUGACUGGUGUCUGUGUGGAGAGAGAAGAUGACGAAGAUGAGGCAUCUCAGCUUCAUUAUCGCAGUCUCAGUGGAGACCACGGUGGAGGACCACCCCCAGACAACCUCUUAGCUCGUGAAGGUGACAACAAACAACGGAAAUGUCCUAAAAGGGGGAAGAGUCUUGGCAAAAAUGAAACUUCAAAAACGCGUGAACAGUAUUUUAUCUGCUCAGUUUGUGGUAAAGGUUUUGCUAAAAAAUCAAUACUGAAUAGGCACUUGAGAACACACACAGGAGAAAAACCCUUUCAUUGCUCAGUUUGUGGUAAAAGAUUCACUCAAAAGCCAAGCAUGAUCUCACACAUGAGGACGCACACUGGAGAAAAACCCUUUCGUUGCUCAUUUUGUGGCAAAGGAUUUACUCAAAAACCAAGCAUGGUGUCACACAUGAGGAUACACACAGGCGAAAAACCCUUUAGUUGUUCAAUUUGUGGUGGAAGUUAUGCUCGGAGGUCUAAUUUGACUGCACACAUGCGCACACACAACACAGAAAGAGUAAAUGUUUUGCAGUAGUCAACGUUUAUGUUCUGAAGUGUUUCAAAUGUUCUGUUUUGUAGUGCAGUCCACUUCAAGUCAUUGUUGUCAUCUUCCGCUUACAGCACAGCUGAUUCAUCAUCGCCUUGACUCAAUUUUGGUAUAUUCGGCGAUAAUUUGUUCAUGCAUUUGUGUUGUGUUCCUUCAAACGGCGAAUUGAUGAUGUCGUUGUCCAAAUACUUCCAGACCCAAUGCUGUGUUCUCAGAAAGUGAACAUCACAUGUAAAGGACUCAACAGCAGUAUAACAUAUGCAUCUAACACAAUGUCUUUUUGAAUGUAUCUUUUGUUCUUUGCUAUAGGAACGAUUUGGAUUCUGACGCCUUUGCUAUUAUUUUCUUAUCUUGAGAUGUCAUUAAGUUAUGGAAAAUAAUAUGUUCAACUGUUGUUCAAUUUACCUUCAAAAGAGGUUAGGUAACAAAUGAUUGCAAUAUUUCAAUGGCAGUAGCCAUUUUGAGUUUCCCAAUCAGCCAGUUGAAUCGCUGCGUUGUUGUCAUGUGACAAAUCAAAGCAUAAUUAAUAUACAGUCAUCUUUUAACCCUUCUGCGGUUUCACUGUGUCGCAGAUCAGUCAAUUGUACAUCAGAGCUGCCAAAUGUCACGGAACGUCUGUAUUUUGUGAGGGAAAUCACUGACCUCGAAGUCAUAACACUGAUUGUUCCAGAUCAUGGGGGGGAAUCCAGCGUCUGACAUUGGCGUCACGUCCACAUUGAACAGCUGCUUGGUGGAUGCUAUUUCAUUAUGAUCUAUUUUGAUGGCUGAGAUCGGAUUAAUCAGCUUUACUAGACUGGUACUUUGAUUCAGGCUUCCACUGCGUCCGCCAUUAUAAGGUUGAUGUAAUAAAAAUAUUUAAAUGACAAAUAUUGAAGCCAUAAUUUGAAGAUUAUGACUCUCGCAAGGUAAUGCUCUUUACAAAGUUGUGAAAAUAUGGAA